AUGGCUCCUUAUCACAUCCGCCAAUACCAGGAGAGGGACCACAAGAGGGUCCUGGACUUGUUCUCCAGUGGCAUGGCAGAGCACGUCCCCGCUGCCUUCCGCCACAUGUUGACACUGCCCCAUACUCUCCUGCUCUUACUUGGGGUGCCCAUAGCCAUAGCCCUGGGGUCUGGCUCCUGGCCCCUGGCUACAGUGUGCAGCCUCCUCACACUCCUUGGCCUGAGGCUCCGUGUCUGGCUAUCUUGGAGAAAUUUUGUGGCUACAUGUUUGUGCAAAGACAUGGCUGACAUCACCAAGUCCUACCUGAAUGCACGUGGCUCCUGCUUCUGGGUAGCUGAGUCUGGGGGGCAGGUGGUGGGCACAGUGGCUGCUCUGCCAGUCAAGGAUCCUCCAGUGGGGAGGAAGCAGCUGGAGCUCUUUCGCCUGUCUGUGUCCUCACAGCAUCGAGGGCAGGGGAUAGCGAAAGCGCUGGUCAGAACUGUCCUCCAGUUCGCGCGGGACCAGGGCUACAGCGAUGUUGUCCUUGAGACCACCAUUGUGCAGUAUAGUGCUGUGGCUCUCUACCAGGCCAUGGGCUUCCAGAAGACAGGCCAGUACUAUGUCAGCAUACCCAUGAGGUUAGAGGGUCUUUCUAUCCUUCACUUCACUCACUCUCUCCCUUUCACUGUGGAACCAGAGAUGUGAU